CGCUCUUCACUUCCUUCCUCCUCGUCCCCUUCCCCGUCUUCGUCGUCCAUCAUGUUUGCCGCUGCUCGUUCCCUCCGCACCGCUGUUGCCCGCACUGGCAACUAUGCUGGUCUCCCGCGGUCCAUGAUUGCCCGGAACAUGAAUUCGAAGGUCAACGGCCCCGUCGUUGGUAUUGACUUGGGUACCACGAACUCUUGUGUCUCCGUCAUGGAGGGCAAGUCCUCGCGCGUCAUUGAGAACGCGGAAGGUGCCCGGACGACUCCCUCUGUCGUCGCCUUCACCAAGCACGGCGAGCGUCUUGUCGGUCUCCCGGCCAAGCGUCAGGCCGUCGUGAACUCCACCAACACCGUCUUCGCCUUUAAGCGCCUGGUUGGUCGUCAAUUCAAGGACAAGGAAGUUCAGGAGGACAUCAAGCAUUGGCCAUUCAAGGUUGUUCCGAAGAGCGACGGUCGCCCAGCCGUCGAGGUCCAGAACGGCGACAAAAUUUCUCAGUUCUCCUCAGAGGAGCUCUCCGCAAUGGUCCUCUCGAAGAUGCGUGACACGGCAGAGCAGUACUUGAACAAGAAAGUCAACCACGCCGUUAUCACUGUGCCUGCUUACUUCAACGACGCUCAGCGGCAAGCGACCAAGAACGCUGGUCAGAUCGCUGGCCUCGAUGUGCUGCGUGUUAUCAACGAGCCCACCGCUGCCGCACUGGCUUAUGGUCUUGACCGCGCUGACAACUCGGUUAUCGCUGUCUACGACCUUGGCGGUGGUACCUUCGAUAUUUCCAUCCUGGAGAUGCAGAAGGGUGUCUUCGAAGUCAAGUCCACGAACGGUGACACUCACCUUGGCGGCGAGGACUUCGACAUCACCCUCCUGAACCACAUCCUCAACGAGUUCAAGAAGGAGUCUGGUAUCGACCUCAGCCAGGACCGCAUGGCCAUUCAGCGUAUACGCGAGGCCGCCGAGAAGGCGAAGAUCGAGCUCUCGUCGACUUCCCAGACGGAGGUCAACCUUCCCUUCAUCACCGCCGAUGCCUCCGGACCCAAGCACAUCAACCUCAAGCUCAACCGGUCGCAGUUCGAGACUCUCGUCAACCCCCUUCUCCAGCGCACGAUCGACCCGUGCAAGAAGGCGUUGACUGACGCCGGUGUCAAGGCCAGCGAGAUCAAUGAGGUCAUCCUCGUCGGUGGCAUGACGCGCAUGCCCAAGGUCAACGAGAUUGUCAAGUCCAUCUUCGGCCGUGACCCCAGCAAGGGUGUGAACCCCGAUGAGGCCGUCGCUAUUGGUGCCUCGAUCCAGGGCGGUGUCCUCGCCGGUAACGUCACUGACAUUCUGCUCCUCGAUGUUACUCCUCUGUCUCUUGGUAUUGAGACCCUUGGUGGCAUCAUGACCAAGCUCAUCAGCCGAAACACGACUAUCCCGACCAAGAAGUCCCAGGUCUUCUCGACGGCUGCUGAUGGCCAGACUGCCAUCGAGGUCAAGAUCUACCAGGGUGAACGUGAGCUCGUCCGCGACAACAAGCUCCUUGGCAACUUCAACCUUGUCGGUAUACCCCCUGCACCCAAGGGCGUUCCUCAAAUCGAGAUCACCUUCGACAUCGACGCCGAUGGUAUCGUCAACGUGUCGGCCAAGGACAAGGCUACAAACAAGGACCAGAGCAUGACCAUUGCUUCGUCGUCCGGUCUCUCCGACAAGGACAUCGAGCGCAUGGUUGCCGAGUCGGAGCAGUACGCUGAGUCCGACAAGGAGCGUCGUGCUCUCAUCGAGGAGGGCAACAAGGGCGAGAGCGUCUGCUCUGACACUGAGAAGGCCAUGAACGAGUUCAAGGAGCAGCUCGAUGCCACCGAGAAGGAGAAGGUCAGCAAGCUCGUCGCCGAGCUUCGUGAGAUCGCCGCCAAGGGCCAACAGGGCGACGCUUCCGUCACCGCCGACCAGAUCCGGGAGAAGAUCAACGAGACCCAGCAGGCCUCGCUGGGCCUCUUCCAGAAAGUGUACGAGAAGCGCAACGCCGAGGGUGCCUCGAACGAGUCGUCGAGCACCGAGAACCAGGAGAAGAAGGACUAAGGGCUGAACGCUGUCGUCCUCCGUGACUCCCUUUCCUUUUCUUCGUGUUCUGUCGGUUUCCUUCUUUCUAUCGGCUGUCUCUGCUCGAUCAUUCCGUUGCUCUCUCAUCAUCAUUGCAUGUUCUCGCAUUAUGCAUCGUCAUCUUUAGAUAUUAUGUCCAGAAAAGUAACAUCAUCUCGCUAUUCGUUCAUGCCUUACGUACAUUACUUGCAUAUUACUCACUUAUAGAGUUGGUUGCUUUAGUCUGUAGCCAAUAUUACGCUCACCUCAUCCCCCGCUCAGUGUCAAUACACAUAAUUGACUAACG